AGAAGAAUCUAUCUCCUAAGAUUGUGAAAUGUGGAGAAGAGAGUAUAGUAUUAAAUAUGGGAACAAAAGUCAAAAAUCACAACAAUUUGUCAAUUUGACAAUUUCUAAACUUUAUAGAUAAUCUAAUGAAAAUAUUUUCGCUUGAUAAGGCCACGUUAAACGUGAUAAGGCGUGCCAUAAUUCAUGACGUUUAAUAUCGAUAACAUUUUAAAAAAUAUGUAAUAAACUAAUUAAAAUGUAAUAUAACAAUAACUUUGUGUUGUGUGAAUCCACCACAUAGUGAUAUUCAAACAGGAACGUCUCACGUCUGACGGACAAUAUUUUUUGGACACAGAUUUCCGCAUCAUCGAGUACAGACGUGUUGAAUUUCGGGACCUGAUGGCUUUCAACGUAGACACUCCAUUUUCUGUGAUGGCCGAUUGGUCUUGGAACGAAGUCUGCAAGUAUGCUCGUGAAGCGGCAGUGUUUUUGGAUGAUUAUGCCGCCGAGUCACUGCACUGGCACGGCGGAUGCGUACUUCUGUAUCGUGCUGGCGCCAAGAGUGUCAAGGAACUGUCAUCGUUUGAGAGUGGCAACCCAAAAGACCGUAGAUGUUUAUUGGUGAUUGGAAAACCUGUGGACGAACUGGCAGUAGCGAUUGUCCGAGAUGUUUUGAAUAACAGUAAUUUUAGAUACUGUCGUUUUGUUGCUGGAUGUGGGUUUGAAUCAUAUAAUGUUGAACAAUUAGAGAAUGAAUUAUGCAAAAUUAUUUCUGCCAAGUACGAGGAUGGUACAGUGGAUGUAAUGGAUAUACCAAUAUCGUUGACUUGCUUGUCUCCUACAUUAUUUUUAGUACCCCAUCUACAAAACAUUCCUUUGUUGAUAGAGCCGAUAGAGAAUAACUAUGAAGUUCAUGUAUCAAAAAUUGCUGCAACUUUAAAUAACAUUUUUAAUCAUUUGAAUGUAAAACAUGACCUUUAUGCUGUUGGACCAUUAAGUGAAGCUGUAUCUCAUCAUUUUUCCAAAAUUCAAAAAACUUCAAAUACAGAGUCUAGCCGCCUUAACGUCAUACUUAUUGAUCGAAUAGUUGAUAUGUAUGCAGUUACUGAUUUUGCAUCUAGUUGUCCAUUAGAUAAAAUGAAUAUGUUACUGCCAAGAUUUCCCAAAACAUGUUCUGAUAUAGCAGUCAUGACUGAACCUUUGUUAGAAGACUUAAAGUAUGAGUCAAUCAAUGAGCAGUUACAAGUACCAAUGUGUUUGGCUCCAACACUAAAACCAACACCAGUAGUUGAAUGGUUAUUAACAAAAACUGAAAAGAAUGUAUUGGCUAGCAUAAGAACUACAUUGACUGAAAAAUGUUCCGGACCUAUUAAAAAAACUAUAUCAAGGAUUACACCUCAGCUCUUAGAAAAUCUUUUAGAUGAUGAAAAGUUUGAUAGUAAAGAAUCAAUAGACUUAAAACAACAAGUGCUGUGUAUUUGUGCUGCAUUAAAAUCUACAAAUCUCUCAAGAAUUGAACUUGCUCAAAAUAUUGGCAAACUAUUAUUGCAGAAUAUUUCAAUGGAAAGUGACACUGACAUCUUAAUACAAGUUAGCCAAUUAUUUAAAACAAGGAAAGACAGAAAGUUGACUAUAGAAAUUCUAUUAUGUAUUCUAGUUCAAUUGUAUUCAGUUGUUGAUGAAGAUUUUGUAAUGUCUGAAGAACAUCAAAUUGACUUAGAAAAUAUUGUUGGUGAAGCUUUUUUUGAAGACUUGGAAUAUUUACCAGAUUAUAUAAUAAAUGAUUUAAUAGGAGUUAAUUUUAGUACAUUGUUGGCUUGUCAACAAGCUGCAGAAAAAUUCCUUUUUAUUUUAAAACAAAUAAAGUCAUCAAGACAGCAUUUUAUCCAAUACAGAAGACUUUUUUUAAGAGAAAAUCCAUACGUGCCAGCAGUUUACAGUUCUUUUGUUAAACAGCUUAUGGAUGAUGUGUGUAGUCCAAUGCGACCUAACUUAUCAGUCUUAAACACCAAAUCUGAUGGGAUAACAGAUUUUAUAAAACUUGGUUUCAAUAAAAUCAUCAACACUGUAAAUAAGCAUCCACUGGACUGUGACCAUUUGAUUGUAUUUGUCAUUGGUGGCAUAAGUGGACACGAAGUGCAUUCAAUUUGUGAAGCGACAAAAAAUUGUGGUAUUCGAGUGAGUGUAGGAUCUACUAGACUGUUGUCACCAUACGAGGCAUUGCAUACAUUGUUUAAACAAGUUUAGUCGAACAUAAAAAUUCACUAUAUUUAUUUAAUAACUUAACAAGAAAAAAAACAUUAAUAAUUGAUAAAAUUUUUCAUGGAAUGAAUAAAUGAGCAAUAGUAUUAUUUUUUUUUGUACAAUCCCAUUCAUUAUAUAGUCAAUGAUCCCUAGUACCAAUAAAAGUCAGUUGUUUACUGUACAUGUUGUGCUUUAAAUUUUAAUCAGAUGUAGAAUUACUGAAUGAAUGUAAUUUCUCAAUGGAUAAAGAUAGUUGUUCAAGGCUAGCCAUUAAUGAGUGCAUGUUCUCUGUACCUUUGGCAAUGCCUUGUUCGCUGAGCGGAUUUGAACCGUCUUGUCUUACACCAAGUUCAAAAUGUAACCAUGCUAAAUGCUCUUGUUGCUCACGAAUAGCCGUCAUUUGUUCCAUACUGCAAUCCUUACCUAAAUGUUUACAAAUGUAUUAUAUAUUAUAUUAUAAAUAAAUAAAAUAUCUAUCUCAAUUAUUUAUACUUUAUUUAUGUUUUAUCAGAUUAAUUUAAAAAGUAUUAUUAUAAUUUGUUUAUCAUAAACUU